UGACCGAUUCUCAAUUCAGUCAUAGUUUCAUUUCAUCGCACCUAAUGAGUUCUCCGUCUUGUUACUUUUGUUUUGGGAGCUCCCCUUAAAGCUUUAAGAUUCCUCCUUUUUCUCCUUUUUGCGUUCUCUUCUUCUUCUCUCCCUCAUGUAUCUUCCCAUCUCCUUCAUCAUCCUCUUCUUGGCCCCCAGAAUUGCUUCGCAGAACGGACCCAUCUAUUCGAAAUGCUCCACCAAGCUUUACAACUCUUCAAGCGCCUACGAAUAUAAUCUCCGCCUCCUCCUUGCAAAUAUCACUGCCUCAGCCCCAGAAGCCCACUCUCUGUACUCCACCAUGUACAGCUUUGGAAUCUUUGGCUUUGCUCAGUGCCGUCCAGACGCCUCCGAGUUAACAUGUGCAAAUUGUCUACUUGAUUCCUCUUCAAAGCUGGCCGCCGCUGGCGGGAGCUCCACCGAUGGCUGCGGACAGAGCAUCUCCGCCGUCCUGUACCAGGAUUUAUGCCUCCUUUCCUACAACAACAAUAGCUACCCAUUUUUCUUUUUGGAGCGGGUUGUAGGGUCUUCCGCUAGUGCGGUGACAUCGUCGAAUCCGGACGACUUCGGGCGGCGGGUUGUUGAGCUCAUGGGGCGGAUCGCUUUUGAGGCGUCAAUGUCGACGGAUAAGUUUGGGGUGGGGGUGGCGGAGGCCGGCGAUGCACAGAAGCAGAAGAUUUAUGGAAUGGGGUGGUGCAUUUGGAAUUUGCCCAUAGAUAAUUGCUUUUUGUGUUUGGUAUCUGGGGUGUCCAAGCUGCCGAUCAGGAUGGAAGGGGGAAGGUAUUAUCAAGAAAGCUGUCUUUUGAGGUUUGAGGUUUAUAUGUUCUUUGAUCAGCAUUUCAUCAAGAAUACAACGUCGCCGGAGCUGCAUGCUGCUGGCGGUGAUGUUGAAAAUGGUAGUGGCGAUACCGGUGGACAAGCAGAAAAUGGCAAAAUAGAUAUGCUUCUUAUUGUUGUUAUCUUAGAAGGAGUGGCAUUGAUGUUCUCUUCCUUCGUCAUCAUUAUACUUCUACUGAGGAAGGCCAAGUUAUCGAUAGUGUCGAUCAAACUUGGCGCGAAUGACAAGGAGAUGGGGAGGGGGAAAGCACUACUGCUAAAUUUUGGUGUCAUCAAUGCGGCGACAAGUAAUUUUUCUGAGGUAUAUAAGCUGGGAGAGGGCGGAUUUGGGCCAGUUUAUAAGGGGAUUCUGAAAGAUGGACGGGAAAUAGCAGUGAAGAGGUUGUCCAGAACCUCGGGGCAGGGUGUGGUGGAGCUGGAAAACGAGGUGGCUUUCCUGGCUAAGCUUCAGCACAGAAACCUGGUGAGUCUGCUUGGAUGUUGUAUGGAAAAGGAGGAGAAGCUACUUGUCUAUGAAUUUCUUCCUAAUACAAGCCUCGACAAACACUUGUUUGAUCCGGUUUGUAAAAUGCAAUUAGACUGGGGAACACGGUAUAAGAUCAUCGAAGGAAUUGCUCAAGGUCUUCUUUAUCUCCAUGAAGAUUCACGUGUUAGAGUUGUACAUUGUGAUUUGAAAGCGAGCAACAUCUUGCUAGACAGCAACAUGAAUCCUAAAAUUUCUGACUUUGGACUGGCAAAACUCUUUGGCACACAUGAAGCGCAAAGAAACACAAGCAGAAUCGCCGGCACAUUUGGAUACAUGGCACCAGAAUAUGCACUGCGUGGGUACUUCUCCAACAAAUCAGAUGUGUAUAGUUAUGGGGUGUUGGUACUAGAAAUUGUCACUGGGCAAAGGAACAUCUGCCUUGAUGAAUCAGUGGAUUCUGUCAAUCUACUAAGUUCUGUAUGGAAAAACUGGAAAGAAGGGCAAGCACUGAAUGCCGCGGAUCAAAGCCUUGGAGAUCGAUAUAAGCCAGAGCAAGUUCUGAGGUGUCUACAAAUUGGGCUACUUUGCAUCCAAGAAGACCCAGCACAGAGACCGAGUAUAGCUUCGGUCGUUGUCAUGCUUAGUUCUUACUCCUUUAUGCUCCCGGAGCCUCUAAUUCCUGCAUUCCUUGGGUAGCUUAACUGAUUCUCUUAUUUUUUUCAAAAAUGUUCUUUCAGAUUAACUUCUAUAAUCUCAAAUCAAUUUCUUAAAUUGAGGGUUUUUGUUUUCUUAAUAAGUUUUGUAUCAAAUAGCAAGGAAGUUCUUUAUU